AUGAUUAAAGUGUGGUUUCAACGCAACCAAAACAUUCCAACGAAAACCAGUAUAAAUCCUGAUGCAGAUAUCGAUGAUUUAAAACAGAAGAUUUUUGAUACAACUGAUGUUGAACAAUAUCAGACGAUGUACAACGGCAUAAUAUUGAAACCAUCGGCGAAGAUUCCACAGGAUACAACUGACGAUAUGCCAAUUGUAUUUACUAAAAUUGAUAUUGUACCACCUUCAGGUAAGCCAAAAAAAUUUAAUUAG